AUGUCAUGGCAUUCAUUACACGGCCGGUGUGGGUUGGACUGCAGAGAGGGCAUCCAAUGGGAGGCCCGUGCACAGGCACUGCGAAUCGCGCCGCUUCUGAUUGAGGGCACGCCAGAGGAUGCUUUGGCCAAUGGCGAGGGCCUCGCAGAGGUUGGAAACAAGGUCGGGGCCGUUGGGGGACCGUGGGGAAGACAUAGCGUUGCUAUCCCACUGGGCGCGACUGACGACGAGGACGCGGGCGGCAUGUUCGGCUAA